AUGGCGGUGGCCGGACUCCGCGGUGUCCUCUGGCAGCGGGCAGCCGCCCGGCUGUGGGCCGUGAGGGCCGCUGUGGCGGCGCCUCCCGGGGCGAGGGCGGCCUCGGGUUUGUCCAAAGACAUGUUGCCCGGACCAUACCCCCGAACACCGGAGGAGCGCGCAGCCGCCGCAAAGAAGUACAACAUGCGGGUGGAAGACUACCAGCCCUAUCCCGACGACGGCUUCGGAUAUGGUGACUAUCCCAAACUCCCUAAUAAGUCUCUUCAUGAGAGAGACCCUUGGUACCAGUGGGACCAGCCGGACAUGAGGCGUAACUGGGGAGAGCCGAUGCACUGGGACUUUGACAUGUAUAUUCGGAACCGUGUUGAUACAUCUCCCACUCCAGUUCCCUGGCACAUAAUGCGCAAACACUUCCUUAUCUUUUUGGGUACCAUGCUGACCAUGUUUGUUCUUGGAGAGCUCUAUCCAUCUUACAGGCCUGUGGGACCGAAGCAAUAUCCCUUCAAUGACCUGUACCUGGAGAGAGGAGGAGACCCCACUAAAGAGCCACCAGUGGUGACACACUAUGAAAUCUGAAAGUCGAAGCGCUAUUUCUCCUGUGUCAGCUCUGUUGGGGAUGGCAUCUUCUCUUGUGUUCACUGUGGCAUGCGUUGAUGCUUGUUCUUCAACAUUCAACCACUAACUGCAGUGAAAUACAUCGACAAUACCUACUGUGCUAGUUGUCUUCUGUUGGUUUGAGAAGCCUGAGCAAUGGCCAGUGAAGUUGAAUGACCUUUGCCAUUUUUCUAAACAGGCUAGUAUAUGUAGGGCAAAGUUCUGAGUGCAGUCCUAGGACUGCUGUUAGUUUAUGUACCUUGUAUACAAACAUUCCUUAGCUAAGCCUGUUUGUGUAGCAGAUACUCCCUGUGACCAAGUGGUUCACUGCACGUGCUGCUUGGAAUGGAACUGAAGUGUUGUCAUUUAAUGUGAGAUGACAGGCAGACCCAGACUGGCAAAUGCCAGUGCUUGGGCGUCUCGGGCUGUGUGAGGAACUCUGUCCUUACUGGGAUUUGGAUGUGAUCUCUUUGUGAUCUAGAUGCCCUCUUAAGUGAAGCUUGCCAGUAGGGAGCACUAGUGAGGCAAAGAGCCUUACAGUGUAUAGCUUGAAGAGCUGGGGACAACAGUGAUAUGAAAAGGUUAAUGAGCAAGUUCAACACUGUCCAGAUUUGUUAUGCUGUGCCUGGGCUUUGGUCCAAGAGCACAGAUGCUCAAAUAGCUCCUGUAUGGCCUGAGCUUAUCCACCAGAGUUUGAGUUAUGUCUGACCCAUGAAGCUUGCCAGUCUUGCAGCAAACCAAUGUUUCUGGGCCUCCUACGAGUUCAUCAGUAGUUUGCUUGGGAAAGUUACGCAGACAAUUUUAUUAAGCUCCUAGAUUUUUGUCAUUCUUCUUUUAACAUAAGUUUCUCGCCUUGUGGCUGGAGGAGACAAAACCUUCAGUAAUGAUUUACAGUGAAAGUUCCCUCAACUACUCUGCACUGUCUUUGACACCGUUGUUCAGCUGCAGAAGGGGGUCAUCACAGAAAUCUAAAGGCUUGGCCUCUUCUGGAUGCCUCUUAUAAACUGGAUGCUGUCCUCUACUGUCAAUGUCUUGUUAUGAUUCAUAGUUUUGUGCUUUAAGAGAAGCAGGUAUUUGAAAAGAGUGAUUCAUUAAAUUUUUUCAACCUAUACAGAUUUUUAACCCCAGAUGCUAAAGGCCAAUUAGCUUGAUCUCUAGGAGUUUCUAUAAGGGUGUGUGUUUAAGUGCUGAAUAAUUGCCAUCUCUCCUGGCUUUUGUAAGCUGUCCCCUU